UUUUAUUGACACACGCAAAAGACGCCUUCUUCUUAAGCCAAACUCUGUUUCUGCUGAAAAAAGGUAUUUCCCACUAACCCUUCUUCUUCUUCAAGCAUUACAAAGAAAUAGUGUUUGUUUCAAUGGCGUACGUCGAUCAUGCUUUCUCAAUUUCCGAUGAGGAUAUGAUGAUGGAAGGUUCUCAUGCCGAUAACAAUCGUGGACCUAUCAAAGAGAUCGCUCUUGCUAUUUCCCUUCUUGUAUUUGGUACCCUAGCUAUUUUUCUAGGUAUUUUCAUGGCAAUCAAUAAGGUCGGUGGCGAUACAGCUCAUGGGCUUUUUUUUGCUAUACUUGGUGGAGUUUUGUUUAUACCAGGGUUCUACUAUACAAGGAUUGCAUACUAUGCUUACAAGGGUUAUAAAGGUUUCUCUUUUUCCAAUAUACCUCCUGUCUAGAGUCGAGUAUCGAUUAUCGAUUAUUGAUUAUCGAAGCUCUUCAUACAUUGUACAGCUACCUCAUUUACUCUACCUAGAUAAGCUUGUGAAAAAAAAUUUAGUGUUGCUUCUAAUAGGUUGCCUCGGAUGUUGGAUGUUGAAUCUUUACUUGCUAAACUAUGUAAUCCUUUAACUCAGUAUGGACACGAUGUAAUAAUACGAGUGCUUGUUUGUUUACUGAUGUUUUUCAA